AUUCAGUCGUAUUUAUGCUAUCGGAUGAUGAACUCGGAAGAUCGUCCAAAUACAACAAAUCAGCCUCCAAAGACGAUUUUAUCUUUCGUCCUAGACCAUAGUGAAGAAGAAAAGGAGCAAAAUGAUGGAGGCCCCUUCGGAAAAUGGCAUUCAAUAAUCAAUCUGCUUGGAAUACUUUAUACAAAACUUAUUAUUCUAGCUGGGAUAGCUCUACCAAUAACCGAAGCUCUUAGAGCCCAGUGGUAUGAAACCCACUACGUCGCAGCCUUUUAUGUCUACUUAUACGGAGUUUCAAUAUUAUUUCUAAUUUGGCUAUUAUUCUCCCUUAGAAAAACCGACCAUAAAGUGAAACACCAGGUUCACGAAAAUCGGGCUUUUUCCGGGAAUAGAUCAACUAGUGAGCAUUCGCUUAGUUCUCUUGAACAUAAGAGUAGUAACUUGGUACUACAACGGGUUGAUGAUCCCUCCAGGAGAAUAAGUCAGUAUAGUCUAAAUGGGGGUGUCGUUUAUAAUCCAACGGCCUUGAGUUAUGAUGACUUUAGAGCGAUACCUGAAUUUGACACAAUUUCUAACACUGUGGGAGAGACUACUGAAGAGAUAAAAGAGUACAUAUGCUAUCAUACAACGACGGCGACUAUGAGUCAUGAAGGUUCAAGUUUUUAUCUUAGACUUGGAGCUAUAAUUUUUGCUUUAGCAAACUUAAUCUAUUUGGCUUUGGAAGUUGAACAAAAAUAUGGUGAACAUCCGAAAAAUUGCACAAGUAAACAAGUUAUUUAUCCAGUUUUUGUUCAUAUUGUAUUCAUUUUAUUGCAAACUUUCUUUUUGUUUAAACACAACAAGAUUCAUCCGGAUCAAGGUAGUCCUAUUGUUUUUGCAGGCCUUCUACACAUUAUAGGAACAAAUUUUUGUGUAUGGAUGAGGUAUCUGGUAAGAGAAGUGGAAGAAGGAGUACAUAUGGCGGAUCAUGCAAAUGAUAAAGCUGGUAACGGAAAUAACUGUUCAUCGCAGAAUAGUCUUGUAUCAAAAGCUUCUCCGUACCUCUUCCCUUUCGUUCUCGAGUACAGUCUUAUAGCCGCAGCAACAAUGAUGGUUAUGUCGUCAGAAUUAACAGUUAGAGUAACAAGCGAUUUAAUAGAAAAAGUUCGAAAGCAAUUGAAGAAAAAUCAACAAUUACGAAAAAGGGCUUCAACUAUAAGUAAACCAUCCCAGCAUAUAGAGGAAGGUGUUGAGUUUCAAAAAGCUCAUACGGGAAUGUUCACUGGUAUAGUUUUCUUGGCUGUAUCUGUUAUCGGUAUGAUACUCUUCUUAAACACUUACAACAAAAAUAAGACGGAUAAAAAAGAUCUAGCUAUCAAAAUUCACCAUUGUUUCGACAUUGGUCUCAAUUUGAUUAUGGCAAUAGCAUCGAUAUUGAGUAUGAUAAGACUCAUGUCAAAGUUAUCAUAUAGCUAUUCAUCAAAGAAUGGUGUAGAUCAAGGCUUAAUUAUAUUAUCGUCUGGUGGUGGGAUCUUACUGAAUACAUUUAUGUUCAUUGCUGCUGUAACAGGUAUUUUUCAAAAUGAUAACAGGCUAGUCAUUCUGAAGUUGAGAAGUGCCCAAUCAUUUCUUGGUGUAAUACAAACGUUGAUCCAGACUACUAUGAUUAUAGAUGGAUUGCAAAGAUAUUCUAAGACGCAAUCGCAACAGCAGGAGAAACCCGGAAGAAACCAUAUAACAUUCUUAAUUGUCGCCAAUUUAGGUAUGUGGCUAUUUAAAAUGGUUCAACUAAAACAACUGGGGUUGGAUAGGCAACGAGAAUUCUUUGGAAAAUUAGCUUGGGCUAUUGUUCUAAACGUUUGCUUACCAUUGCAGUUGUUCUUCCAUUUUCACUCAACUGUAUGCCUAGCUGAUAUUUGGGUGAGCGCUUAUGAACCAGACGCGGAUCACAAUGUUUAUAUUGUUGACACCUAA